CCGGCCUGCGCCGCACCUGUCCACCGUCAAAGGCCUGCCUUGGUCACGCAGGAUGCCGGAAGGAACCGCAAGGCUCAAUCCGAAGUGCCAUUUUUACAAGCAAACGUAUAAAUACCUUAUGCUCACAAGAGCCCCAGCUUGAACUCCCAAGUUCCGUCUCCACCAAACACACUAUUUGGAUCAUGUCGUCACUCGGACAGAAGACCAUUGCCAACAUGCAGCGGGAUCGCGCUGCCAAAAACCUACUCGAAGUCGCACCGAGGAAGACAUCCGGGCAAAACAAACCACAGCCAACGCAUGACCGUGAAACGUUCAGGACGGCACUGCACAACACUGGUGCCUAUCUCUCGAAGAAGGGGGCUAACAUAACGAUAAUCGCCAUCGGGGACGCCCUCAAUACCAUCUAUCUGAAGAACCGCCCUUCGACAUGCAUCGACUUCUUCAAUGCCAACCUCACAUCCGCUGAGCUCAAGCGUCUUUCAGAAGCUGCCGAGCAAGCUGCCAAGUGCGACGCAAAGCUCGACAAUUCGUGGCUCAACAACCGCACCAGUGUGUUCAUCAGGCAAGACCAGCGACGGCUCCUUACAGAGCAGGCAUUGCAAGAAGGCGAAGCCAUCAUCAAGAGGCCAGGGCUGACGGUGCUAGCUCCGCCGUGGGAGUAUGUUUUCUGCUGCCAGGUAGAGCGCCUUGUCAGCGACGAUGUCCGGGAUCAUGAUUUCGAAGACGCGGUGACGGUUCUGGGUUGGUAUUUGAAGAAGAAUGGCAUGCCCGUGCUGCCCAUGGCAACCGUGAAGCAGUGGUUUUCGCAGUACUCGCUUCGCUGGACCAAGGACACCGAGAAUAUGGCAAAGAGUGUCCAAGGGGGGCUUAUGGUCCGGUUCUAGAUGAAUGGAUACCUUAUACAACGGCGUCGUGUGAACUGCUUGUACGCUGUCGAUACAGAUAUGAGGUUGGCGCCGUGGAUACGGAACGUUGUUCUGACGAAUCGUUCAAACGGUGAAAUGUACGGUUAACUUUGGAAUCACGUCACGUAUUUUACAUACAGACUUCGGUACAUUUCAGUGGAAAUUCGG